AUGAAGUAUUCAAUGCAUCAACAGUUUUAUGAUGGUAGUUUACAAGGCAGUAUUUGUUCCAUGGCGGAGGACUAUAGUAAUAGUACAGCUGCCGUUGGUUACUGCAUUGCAGGGCAGGGAGUUGAGGCUUGCGUCCCCCACGGUGGGAUGUUCAUACACGAUGGCGUGAUCACCCCUGCGUUGUCUGCAAGUCGUAAGAUGUUGUGUCAAGUAUGUGGGGCAUUAUCAUCCGGGCUUCACUUUGGCGUGUUCACCUGCGAAGGAUGCAAAUGCUUCUAUAGACGGAGCAUAAAGGAGGGGGCAAACUAUGCCUGCGCUAAAGACCGUAACUGUGACAUCACCAUGGAGACGAGAAACUCUUGCAGGUUCUGCCGAUUCCAGAAAUGUUUAGCGCUAGGGAUGUCAAAAGAAGGAAUAAAAUUGGGACGUCGUCCGAAAGUGGACAGCGAUGUUUUCCAGCAAGGAUAUUACCACCCAGGGGAUAUGGAGAUGAUUCACAGUCAUGGUCAGCAGUAUUCCUGGCCGGGUGCAGAGCAUCUGGGUACACAUUAUCCCACUGUGUUCAAAUCAGAGCCCACAGCCACGGACAUUGAAUCACACGGUGAACAACGUAUUAUGAAUUACUCUUUGAAGCGUGAAGCGUACACAACGUGUGACCAGCACAAUGGCCUGCAUUACUCGCAUCAUGCCGGCUAUUUAAUGCCGAGCCAACAGCCCGAUGUCAGCGUGGGCAUGCCGAGCCCAGGCCAGGAGCGCUAUGAGCAGAUUUACGGCACCACAAUGGAGUGCGUCCACCCACAGCAGCAGGUUUAUCUACAACCCGAUUCUCACCCUCAUCAUGUCCCUAUGUCAAACCCAGUACCCAUUAUGAAUCCACCCGCCCAGACAUCAAUGGAGCAUCAAGAUACCUCAAGAAGCUGGACUGCCGAGCUAAGUCCGUCAAGCAGUAUUUCAUCGGCUAGUGAAGAUGCUUGGGAAGCAGGCUCCAUGUUUCAGAGUAGCUUACCCUCUUCAGUAACCCUGACACUACCGGAGGUACACAGUGGUGCUGUCGCAGCUAUGGCUUAUGCUAAUCUAUACCGGGGUAAAAACGAAAGCCCUUCCUCUACAUCGUCAUCACUUUCAGCAGCUGAGCGCUUACAAGAGGACGAUUGCUCGCCGUCCAAAAAAUCCACAGACUUGAGUUUUCCAAUUCCGAAUGACCUAGAGAAAGAUUCACGUAGUUACACUGAACUUGUACCCCGGAAAAACAUCGAGAAAAGUGGCUCACAAACAUUAAGUGAACAGCAUGAGGCAACUGUUUAUGCGAACAACCUACAAGCUGUGCGCAGUGCUUUGGCGCUGUCACCUAAACCAGCAUCGCUGGCUUGUACCAAUAAUAAUAUCGGUGAGGCAUGGGUGGAACAUGACAGGAGGCAACAGAACAUGAGACUCGAUCCUGCCGCUAUACUCUUAGAUCUUGCUCAUCCUCAAGGAGGACUCAAGAUGGGGCAGGAGGGUGUGUCAACGGGCGACGUUCAAGGAGAUGAAAGUCUCCUGCAUGACAUCACAGCGUUCUUUCUGGAAUUGAAGAUGAGUAUCUUAAGGCAGUGGAAAACUCAUUGUAGCGAGGUAAGAAAUAAGGAUCUUGACAUCAGUUGGGAGGACGUUGGCAGUUUUGUCAAUACCGACAGAACAAUCGCUGACCACGUCAGAUGUUUCGUUAAUAAGGUUUUAAGUUUAGUGCAGAAGAGGAACAUAUCAGGCGUAGAACUGAUGUACUGGAACUCACUAUCCGUCGUUGUCAAAACCUGUUUACUGUUAGAUAUCUCAACGAAAGGUCACUUAAAGGUCACCGGAGGUCAUGAACUCCCGCAUUUACUGACGGAGGAAGCUGCUUGUAUCUGCAUUUUGACAUUGUUCUCAUCAGUAACUGGUAAAGAUUCUCAUAUAAUGGACGCCUGUCAGUGGAUCUGUCAAGCAGCCCAGGACUACCUCAGAGAGAAGUGUGAGACAGAGGAGCGUUUCCAAGAGGUGAUUCAGCUUCUCCAAGGAGAGUCAACAUUACCACUCAUCACCUCAUCAGCUUAAAAACCAAGACUAAACGUCCAUCCAUCUCCAGUACUAAAGAUCUCUAGCAUUGACAUCAUUCUGCUCCACAUCUUAGAGGUAAAAAAACCCAAUGGGAAUCGCACAGCUUUGGAAAACUCAUGAGAACUGCACAGAGUGGGCCAAUGAGCAACCUUUUUGACACCUGAGGGUUUUUGUCAUAGAUUACUCGAGUUUCUGACAAGACUUUAACUGACUUCAAAAGAGGAAAUAUGUAGUCCAUUUUCACAGUAGAUUCAGGUAGUCGAUAAAUUCUC